CUUUCCUUGGAAUCUGCGUUGCACAUUCUGUGUGAUAAUAGUAGAUCUUUCGACUCCACCGCUGAAACUGGCUCUGCAAGCGGAGGUCGUGCGCCACCGUAACUUCCUUUUGUCUUUCUGCAGGUCUAUUAUCUUCCCGCAUCUCGACCACAUAUAAUACUCCCGUCUUGCUUUUGUCUUGCUCAACAGUCGCUGGUCUACAUGUCGACGCAACGGAUGGACGUCUGCUUUCUAGGCACUUCGAGUGGCGGUGGCCCAGUCGAGUCGAGAAACUGCUCUUCCCUCGCGCUGGACAUUACCGGAGACGGUAACCUAUGGUUGGUAGACUGUGCUGAAGGCACAGUUCGUCAAUUUGCAAUCAACGCCACCCGUAUCAAUCAGUCCGGAGAACGCGCCUGGAAAAUAGGCAAGGUCACGAAAAUAUUCAUCACACACAUGCAUGCCGACCAUAUCAUGGGCAUUCCAACCAUGCUUCGGAACACCUUAGGGUUUCCUCAUCCACACGUGGACGCUAGCAUCAUUAGGACGCCCACAGUUGAGAUCUACGGUCCCCCUGGCUUGCGUACUCUCAUUCGCACCGUCUUAAGUCUGACUCAUACUCGCAGCGCCGAAAAAUACUGCGUCCACGAAUUACUUACUCCGUCCGACCGUGUGACCUCAUGUGCACCGGAGGUGCUCCACUCGAAUGAACUCAGAGGACGAGAUGUGAUGUGUGAUAGCGACGGAUUCUGGAGGAAUUUGGAACAUGAAAGGACCUCCAGGGCCGAGAUUACAGUCCACGCAGGACCCAUUGAGCACCGUGAUCCUUGCAUCGGCUACGUAUUCCACGAACCAGCCACGCUUCCACAUCUCCCACAACCCCGCAAAGUCGUCGUAUUAGGAGACUGCUCCUCCGCCACAUCGCUCACUCCACUGAUCGCUUCCACCCCAGGCCGCGUCUCCCUCCUCAUCCACGAAGCGACCGAUGCCUUCAUCCCAGCGAAUGUAGAUGCCCAGGCGGCAAGAAAGAGGACUCCGGAGGUAGUCAAGGCGAAGACCGAGGAGAGGGGUCAUUCGACUCCAGAACAGGCGGGUGCUGUGGCGGGAAUGUGGGGAGCGGAGAGGUUGGUGUUGAACCACAUUGGGGCGAGGUUUCCAGCACCAUCGAACGCACACCCACAGGGUACUCAUUAUCGUACACGUAUCAUGGAAGAAAUCGAACGUCAAGCAACGCGAGCAUGGCACUCCACGCCUUACAUCCUCGACUCCAUCCUCCCAGCCUCCGCCGCCAACGCCGCCGAAGUCCUCCAACAAGGCUACACCACUUCGUCCCCUCUACCAAAUUCAAGCUUAAGCCCACCCCGCGGCGCACGAGCAAUCGCCGCCUACGAUUUCAUGACCGUCUCGAUCUCUCUCGUCCAAUUAUCUUCUUCGACGAUGUCGAUGAACGCUGCUGCAGCUUCCGACUACGAGAUGUUUGCUGGUGGCUCCCCUCCAGCCGGGACUUCUAGCUCACCUCCGGCAGGAAACGGUAAUGGUAGUAAUAAGAGGGCGAGGAGCGGUAGGGAAGAUUCCCGUGAGCGAAGAUAUGAACGAAUGGUGACUGAGGGACGAUACGGCAGCGGAUUUGGAUAUGGCUAUGAAGGCAGCUCCAAUAGAGGCUCUGGUGGUGGUGGAAGGUACGAUAGGCCAGGAGAUAGAGAAAGGGAUGGCGGCGGGUAUAGAGGUGACGAGCAAAGACGUGGACGCGGAUGAGGCAAAUACACUGGCGU